AUGGGCUUGCCCUAAGGACCACAAGUUCUUUCCUCUGCAACAUUCAGUGUCAGCCUCCAACAGUCGAGCAACAUUCACCUCCGCCGUCUUUAUUCCUUCCAAGACGUCCGACACAUAACCUUCAAGAUGACCAAGCGAACAAAGAAGGUCGGUGUUACCGGUAAAUACGGUACCCGUUACGGUGCUUCCCUGCGAAAGCAGGUCAAGAAGAUGGAAGUCACCCAGCACGCCAAGUACACCUGCACUUUCUGCGGAAAGGUCACCGUCAAGCGACAGGCUACCGGCAUCUGGGAUUGCAAGUCUUGCAAGCGCACCGUUGCUGGUGGUGCUUACACCGUUGCCACACCUGCUGCCGCCGCCAUGCGAUCGACUCUGCGACGUCUCCGAGAGAUUGCUGAGGUUUAAGGAUGGACUCUAGCGGAAGGAGAAAACGGCUUUGCUUUUCGGUAUGGUGUACGGGGGAUAUGGAUUUCGUGCCUACACUACGAGUUGACGAUCUGGACGUCAACACCCGAUCUUCGAUCACAUAGAAGCCGAUCGAUUAGCAAUGAACAAAAAAGAAUUGCAGGCUUCGGACCCAUUCAACAACUCUCCCGCCCCGUGCAAGUACAAAAUUAACAGAACUUUGUUGUCAUCUUUCAGCCAUCACAAGAGUCUACUCAUCGCCCAGAAACUGGACCAAGCGAUACGAACAGGCCGGCUCCCAAGUGUCUACAUCAUGACCUCCAUGUCAGGACCGUAUCUUGCGCCGCAGCAGGUUCUCCGUCACUCUCGGCUGCGUACAGUGGGGCUCACAAGUGUGG